GAAAAUUCAAGAAAAAAUGUACUUCGUCUGGUGAAUGGAUCGACGAAAUGUAGUCUUUGGUUGAAGGAGAGGAAAUCCUGUUUAGAUCUAAGAUUCCUAUACAGGUCAGAAGUUUUCAGUGUUUGCAUAGAUAUGUAUAAAUAUAUUCUGAAGAAUUGGAAAAUUCCGCCUAUUCCUGACUAACUUGAUACCUUUCCAGCCUUAUCAUUUAAGGUCUAAAAGGAGGAUAGCUCUUUUACCAUUUUAACUCUUACUUUUUAUCUUUGACAUUUUAAUUUCUGUUUUUCGUUUUCCGUUAUUUCCUGUCUGCAUUUUCUAUAUGCUGCCUUCUCAGUUUAUUUCGUAUUUCUGCUAUAAUUUGUUUACUUCGUAAUAUGUAGUUUGCGCCUUAAGAAAAUGUUAUAUUUCUCCCAACAUAUGAAACUAUUAAUAGCAUGUAAUGUGACCUUAAAUAAGUAAAUAAUAUAUAUAAUGUGACCUUAAAUAAAUAAUAUAUAUAUACACAUAUAUUGUAUAAGUAUGAGAGUAUUUUAUUCAUUCCUUAUGUCACUUCCCUUUCCAUUCUUCCGGUCGUUACCUCCUGACAUAUUAAGUAAAUAGGUAAACCGUCUUUUUGAAUCUUAAACGGAAAGUGCGAAGAUUUAUUUCUUACCAUUAUUAGCCAAAAUCUACUGAUUGUCUGUCAGUUAGAGUCAGCCUAACUAACCAGUAGAUCAAUUCUACAACACAUCACAUAUUUAUUCCAACCGAAACCAAGCAUAAUAUUUAUGGUAAAAGAUGAUUUCUCCGUCGAAGAAUCGCAGGGAAUUUAUUUUUCUUCGAAGCUGAUGAUUUAUUCUGCCGAUCGCUAUAAAAAAAAAGAACAACAACUUAUUGUUUAUUUUGCAGUUCAGACAUAAGCAUUAAUGUAAGCAUAGACUUGUGUAAAAUGUCUUGGACAAAUGGUAAAUAUAUUAACGUUGUUUCUUUCAUGGUUCUGUCUUUGGAAACAUUCAAAGAGUAGGAAGUUGUGUUGAGACUGACCGAUCAUCUUAUGUAUUCACAUUCGGACUACAUUAAUAUAUUAUCAGAUGGCAUUGGCAUAAAUUUUCUUUGGAUACAUCAACAAUAUUUAUCAUCUUUUAAAGAUACAUCAACUCUGUUUAUAUGAUUCUAUGGAUGAAUUACUGUGAAAUAUUUCCCUGUCAACUGCAACUUAGGAGCACAUUUCAGCAUUCAGAAUAUGUACCAGAUAGUUUGGUGUUCCAAUUAAACAUGAACAAAUUUGGCAUGAAGAUAUAACUAACUCUCUGCAAGAAUUUCCAUAUGUGGAUAAAGUUUUACUUGUUUCUUAUUAUUACAAGACUGGGUUCAUCUUGAAAUAAUUAUUUCAGAAAUCACUGUAUCCCCAAAACUUACCUUCUAAGUGAUUGUUUGCACCACCUUCAGAUAUUGAGGAAGAUCUUGAAGAAUUAUUUAUGAAACAAAUAUAAAAACUAACAUGUUAAAAAUUAUCUAUAUUGUGGUGAAAGAAGAAAAUUAUAGAAAAUGAAUUAUGUGAGCACCAAGCUAAAUAUAAAACAGUCUAAAAGGAUUGAUUUUCGUGAUGAGAUACUUAAAGAAAUAGGAAAAACAUCAUAUUACUGUGAUAUCUGUAAAAAGUCAUUCUCAAAGAAGAGUAACUUAACUAGACACAAACGUAUUCAUACAGGAGAGAAACCAUAUCACUGUGAUAUCUGUGAUAAAUCAUUCUCUCAAAGUAAUGUCUUAAAAAUUCACCAGCGUAUUCAUACAGGAGAAAGGCCAUAUCAGUGUGAUAUUUGUGGUAAAUCAUUCUCUAGAGAUAGUAAUUUAGCUACUCACAAGCGUAUUCACACAGGAGAGAAAUUGUAUCACUGCGGAAAAUCAUUCCCUUUAACAUAUCCCUUCACUUUUCACAGACGCACUUAUACAGGAGAGAAGCCAUAUCUCUGUGAUAUUUGUGGUAAAUCAUUUUCUCAAAGUGGUGCUUUAACUGCUCACAAACAUAUCCACACAGGAGAGAGACCAUAUCAGUGUGAUAUCUGUGGUAAAUCAUUCUCCAGAGAUAACCAUUUAAAUACUCACAAACGCGUUCAUACAGGAGAGAAACCAUUUCACUGUGAGAUCUGUGGUAGAUCAUUCUCACAAGCAAACCACUUAACUACCCACAUUCGUAUUCAUACAGGAGAAAAACCAUAUCAGUGUGAUAUCUGUGAUAAAUCAUUCUCUGUUGCUUGUAGCUUAACUAAGCAUAGGCGUAUUCAUACCGGUGAGAGGCCAUAUCAGUGUGAUAUCUGUGGUAAAUCAUUCUCUAUAAAUAGUCACUUAACCACUCACAAACGUAUUCAUACAGGAGAGAAGCCAUAUCACUGUGAUAUUUGUGGUAAAUCAUUCUCUGGAAGUAGCAUAUCAACAGCUCAUAAACACCUUCAUACAGGAGAGAAGCCACAUUGUUGUGAUAUCUGUGGUAAAUCAUUCUCUGUGACAAGUAAUUUAACUAAACACAAACGUAUUCAUACAGGAGAGAAACCAUUUCUCUGUGAUAUCUGUGGUAAAUCAUUCUCUGAAAACGGUAGCUUAACUCGACAUGAGCGCAUCCAUAUAAGAGAGAAGCCUUAUUUGUGGUAAAUCAUUCUCUGAAAAUGUAACCAAAUUAACACCAGCAUAGCCAAACCAAACAGGAGAAAAGCCAUAUCACUAAUUCCUGUGCUAAAUUGUUCUCACAAAAUAUGGCUGUCAUGUAAAAAAGACACUCUACCAGUUUGAUGUACAUCCUGUACUAAAUCCAGAAGACAAUUCGAUUGGCAAAGAUUCAAUUAUGAACCAGCUUUAAUCAUGAGUUCUCAAAUACUCUUCUGUCAUUGCUAUAAUGCCCUCAACUCUUCCAAAUUUACAAGCUCCAUACACAAGUACACUUAUUUCUCAUCCUAUUGCGUUGUUCACUUGGAUAAACACUAAACUCACUCCUUACUCUGCAGAUUAGAAUUCCCUAUCCUGUAGAAUGCCCUCUCUGCCCACGUUUAUCCCUACAGAGGUCCUUGCUGAUCAUCAACCUAGGAGAACCUGCAAUUAUCAUGGACCUCUCCUCCUCUUCCAUUCUCUGACUGAUAAUAACAUGAAGAUAACUUAUUGCAAUAUUUUUGAUAAAAGUGCUCUUUCAGAUUUUAUUAACACAAUGGUGUUAAUCAGAGCUGAAAUAAAUUUAAACAUUACAAUCCUCACUGGGUAAAAUACAUUUUUUCUGUGCUAUAGAUGUGCAGAAAAAGGAAGGAGGCAGUCUCCUGAUGGACUGUUUCAUGGUUUGUUGAUUGCUCCUCUGAGAAGACAUACUCAGCUUCUUUCCCCAAUCAGUGUAUUCUCAUAAAUAUAAUGUUAACAUUAUUGUACAGGUAUUUUGUAAACGAAUGAGUCUGUUUUCUUCACACUCUGAAAGCAAAUGUCAUUGUUGAUGAUAAUGAAAAAUAAAACAACUAAAACAUGA